AUGAAUCACAACGAGUUCACCGAGAGCGAGUCCAUGAUGGGCUCCGAUGAGAUGUGGUCAACACCAGUCACCCAGUCUAAGCCUCGACCUAUGCCAAUUUACCAAGGACUUUCUUUCUGCGGUGCCGAGGAUUUCUCAUCAGUACCCUCCUGGGACACAUCUUCCGUCUCGUUCCAGCAAACUCCCAGCGAGACCAUGUCCCGUCCUGUUUCUAUGCACCAAGACUUUUACCCUCCCACCAUGGACAACGCUUCAUGGAUGGAUAAGCCGACUGAGGAUCACUUUGAUCUUCAUGGCAUGGAUUACGAUAUGACCAUGGGAAUGGGUAACUCUUUCACUGCCGACGAGGCUAUUCCUGUUCUUGACCUCAAGCAUGGUGCACUUGUUGAGGAGGAUCUGAUGGCCAUCGAUGGUGGCUCAAAACAGCGCCGCAUGUCCGGAUCUUCCUUCUCCAUGUCCACCUCUGGUGCAUUCUCCGACAUGCACCAUGAUGACUUCUCGGCAGCUCUCUCUGAGGCACCCUCUUUCACCUCAGACUACCCUCAUCGUUCCAACCGCACUUCCAUGAUGUCCUCAACUCAGCUCUCGCCCGUUGCUUCACCGCGAAUGACCCCUCAGUCCAGGACCGACCUCGUUCGAACUCAGAGCCGUGGCCGUGGCGCUUCUCCUUCUCCACGACCAGUCAACCCUGCUCAAUACGCCUACCACCCUUGCCAGGACGUGUACAACAAUCACCAGCAGAUGUUUUCCGGCCACUCUUCUCCUGCUAUUGGCGCCUCUCCUCUGCCCCUCAACUAUGGCAACCUCCAGGCAAUGCAGCAGGCCCCAUUCGUCGUCCCCAGCACUCCUAUCUUCCAGAGGAACAGCAUGUUGCUUCCCACCCAGCUUCCAUCUCAGAUGGCCCAGCAGCAGCAAUGGCAAACCGACGUCAACCACUAUGCCCCGCCCCAGCCUCUUCUGUCUCAUGGCCUUUUCAGGAUGCUUCAGAGCAACGGUGAUGCCAGCUGCCUUAGCGGUCACUACACCGAUCUCUCUGACCCUCCGGAUCUGUACGCUGCUCUCCACGAGGAGCAGAUUCCUCCUCCCGCUGAGGACAUGAACCCCGAGGAUCCCGACAUGAUCCCCCGCGAGCAGGAACUGCGAUUUGAAGGCGACCUUUACACCCCUAGAUGGGUCCGGGGACACGGCAAUAAGCGCGAGGGAUGGUGUGGAAUCUGCAAGCCCGGAAGGUGGCUCGUGUUGAAGAACUCGGCCUUUUGGUACGACAAGUCUUUUUCUCAUGGUAUCAGCGCCGCCACCGGAAGCUCGUUCCAGGAGCCUCAGCAGAAGCGACGCAUGGAUGGCAACCCUGAUGUUUGGGAAGGCCUUUGCGGCAGCUGCAAUGAGUGGAUCGCACUCGUCAGCAGCAAGAAGAAGGGGACCACCUGGUUCAGACACGCUUACAAGUGCCAUACACACCUCAAGGUCAAGGAUACGCCCAAACGUCGCCGCGAGAGCAGCAACGCCAGGGCCUUAGCCAUGUCGAGCAUGGCAAAGCCCAAGACCGAUCAACGACCUAUCACGCCCCAGAUGCCAGGCUCCUCGAUGGAGUCGGCUACUACGCCUAGACCUUCUGUCAUGCCACACAUUACAUCUCACCCUCAGUCUCACCAUCAUCUUCUUACUCCUCAGGAGCCUUACACCAUUGACCCGAUGUCUGGAAACGUCCUCGUCACGACCGAACCCUUUCCGAACAUGAUUUAA